GUAAAGUCCAAGAAGAAAUUGCAAAAGAGAUUGGCGACCUCCAGCCAACGACAGAAGACAGAGCAAAAAUGCCUCAUACCGAUGCCGUAAUUCAUGAAAUUCAAAGGUUUGCUGACAUCGUUCCUACCAAUUUGCCACAUGCAACCACCAUGGAUGUAACUUUCAAGGGUUUCUUCAUCCCCAAGCUAUAUAAUUUGUUUCCCAUGUUGGGGUUCCUUUUGGCUACUCCUAAAUCAAUGAUAAAGAAUCAGAAUAAACUUCAUGAUUUCAUACAGACCAUCCUCAAACAAUAUUUACAAGAUUUUGAUGAAAAUGACCAGAGCAAUUUGAUUGAAUCAUUUCUUGUUCGGCAAAGAGAAGAGAAUAUGAAGAUGAAAAAUGAUGGAUAUUUCCGUAAUGAAAACCUUAUGGGUCUCAUAGAUGACUUAUUUGGUGCUGGUACAGAAACAAUAGCAAACACUAUGUGCUGGGCCAUACUCCUAAUGAUGAAGUAUCCAGAAAUUCAGAGUAAAGUCCAAGAAGAAAUUGCAAAAGAGAUUGGCGACCUCCAGCCAAUGACAGAAGACAGAGCAAAAAUGCCUCAUACCGAUGCCGUAAUUCAUGAAAUUCAAAGGUUUGCUGACAUCGUUCCCACCAAUUUGCCACAUGCAACCACCAUGGAUGUAACUUUCAAGGGUUUCUUCAUCCCCAAGGGUACGUACAUCAUUCCCUUGCUGACUUCUGUGCUCCAUGAUGAAUCUCAGUGGGAGAAGCCUCAUGACUUCUAUCCUGAGCAUUUUCUUGACUCUGAAGGAAAAUUUGUGAAAAGGGAUGCAUUCAUGCCAUUUUCCGCAGGUGAGAUUCUCUGAUGUCAUAGAGUGUGUU